AAAAAUUAGUGGUUGCAAAAUAGUGUUAAAUAUAUUGGGAAAGCAGUGACAUUUGACAUUUGAGCAUUCAAUCGUUUCGUUGCAUCUGUCAGCAUACAAGCGGUGUGUUAUUGAAAUUAUUUGGAAUAGAGUUUUUAACAAAUAUUAGUUAGUUAAAAUGCCUUCUUUGGAGGCGGAAAUAACAGUUGAACAGCAACAAAAUGUUGAGCAAUCUAGAUCUAUGUCUGGACCAAUUAUUGGAAUAAUCUAUCCCCCACCGGAAGUUAGAAAUAUUGUCGAUAAAACUGCAAGUUUUGUUGCUAGAAAUGGCCCUGAAUUUGAAGCACGAAUUCGACAAAAUGAGCUUGGCAAUCCAAAAUUCAACUUUCUUAGUGCCGGGGACCCUUACCACGCCUAUUAUAGGCAUAAAGUCAAUGAGUUCCGUGAAGGCAAAGAUACUGGACCCAAUGUCAUAUCGGGUAUUAAACAAUUAUCAGUGACAAGUGCUGCGCAACAGAAGCAGCAAGAGCUGUUAAAACAAGUAGCUGAGCAGCAGUUUGUACCGAGGGAACCACCACCUGAGUUUGAAUUUGUUGCUGAUCCGCCAUCUAUAUCAGCAUUGGAUUUAGAUAUUGUGAAGCUUACCGCACAGUUUGUUGCUAGAAAUGGUCGUCAAUUCUUGACUAAUUUAAUGAACAGAGAGCAACGCAACUUUCAGUUUGAUUUUCUUCGCCCUCAGCACUCAUUAUUUCAAUAUUUCACUAAAUUAUUGGAGCAAUACACGAAAAUCCUUAUCCCCCCAAAAGAUUUAAUGGGUAAAUUGCGUUCUGAAAGUUCUGACGGCCGUUCAAGUACUAAUUUAGUAUUAGAUCAAGUAAAAUAUCGCGCGAACUGGCAAAGGCAUCAGGAAGCUCAGCGUCGACGGGAAGAAGAGAAAAUUGAACGAGAAAGAGUUGCAUAUGCGCAAAUUGACUGGCACGACUUUGUAGUUGUGGAAACGGUUGAUUAUCAACCAUUUGAGACGGGCAAUUUUCCACCACCAACAACACCAGAAGAAGUAGGUGCACGUGUUCUUAUGGAAGAACGUCUAUUGGAAGAAGAUGGCGAUAUAGAAAUGCAAAUUGAAUCUGAUGAUGAGGAUAGUCAGGAUGCACCUAUUUCUACUGGUGCUAUUAAAUUAUCACAAAUGGAAAAUCGUACUAAUAUACAAAUGAAAAAUAUUGCGCCAAAUAUGCCGACAGCGGCUAAAAAAGACAAUAUUCAGGUACAAGAUAUGGAUGAAGCUUCAAGCGACGAAGAAACACCAAGUUCUUCUAAAACUCAACCGGCUGUUACACCAUUAUUGCCACCAACACAUGAUAAAGUUGUUGUUAAGAAAUAUGAUCCGAAAGCUAAUCAACAAAAAAUACAAAAACCGCCAACAUCUGAUGAAUAUCUUAUAUCUCCUAUAACAGGUGAAAAAAUUCCAGCUUCUAAAGUCGCAGAGCAUAUGCGUAUUGGCUUGCUUGAUCCACGUUGGGUCGAACAAAGAGAUAAACAUACUGUUGAUAAGAUUAAUCAGGAAACCGUGUUUGCAGCCGGUACUGCUAUAGAAGCAAGUUUAAAGCAAUUGGCUGAGCGACGUACCGAUAUUUUUGGUAUUGGUGACGAAGAAACUGUAAUUGGUAAAAAAUUGGGUGAAGAAGAAACUAAAAAAGAUGAUCGCGUUACAUGGGAUGGUCACACUUCUAGCGUUGAAGCAGCAACAAGAGCAGCUCGUGCUAAUAUCACAUUAGAAGAUCAAAUUCAUCAAAUACAUAAGGUAAAAGGCUUGUUGCCGGAUGAAGAAAAAGAAAAAAUUGGUCCAAAACCAGUUACAAGCAAAACUACACUUUCGGCGCCUCCGCAGCCGCAUCAACUUAGCAAUAAACCUCAUAUACAACAAUCACAUCAACAAUCGCAUCAUCAUCAACCACAACAAAUGCAACCACCACAACAUUCUAUACCGCAACCGCCAGUAAUGAUGAUGCAAAUGCGUCCACCUCCAAUGAUGCCACCACCAUUUCCUGUUCCUGGUUAUUUACCUCCAAUGCAGUCGGGUGGUCACCCACCUAUCGCACCAGCGCCACCAGUUAUGGAUCAAAGUAUGAUAUCAAUUCCAACAAUUCCUAUUGAUGAUGAACCUCCAAAUAAGAGAAUGCGUUCUGAAGAUAAUCUAGUACCAGAAACAGAGUUCAUUGCAAUACAUAAGAGUCCAAUUACUAUACAAGUACAAGUACCAAACAUAAUUGAUAAGUCAGAAUGGAAACUAAGUGGACAAACGAUUGCAAUAUCAUUGGCCUUAACGGAUGCUGUUUCUAGUCUAAAGGCUAAAAUACAGGAAGAAACAGGAAUGCCUCCCGCAAAACAAAAAAUUUCAUACGAGGGCAUGUUUUUCAAGGACAGCAACUCUAUGGCAUUCUACAAUUUACUCACUGGAGCUACAGUACACUUACAAGUCAAGGAACGCGGUGGUCGUAAGAAAUAA